AUGUUUACCACUAAAUUCCAUAGAGGAUUAUCUCUUUGUGAACUACUGCAUCAAUCUAUAAGAUGGAAAGUCAGUAAGGGAACACCUGCAAGAAUGACUUUCGAAAUUCGGAUGAAACUUGCAGAGACGGAUGAUCCAUGGUUUCGAACCAGGCUAGUUGAUUCAACUGAAGAGGCGAAACAUAUUAUGAAGAAAUCAACAGAGUUUUCUAAAGAUGAUGUCAUCACGGUUCCUCUCGAGGAUGAUUUGACGCCGGUAAAUGGAGUCCCAAAAGAACACCAAUCUGAAAGGCGUGUUAGAAUUUUCAUCCCAGCUAAACCUGCUACUCAAUCAGGCACUCAUGGUACUCGACUUUGGCGUAUUGAGUUCGACAAUCGCGAACGCUGGGAAAAUCCACUGAUGGGUUGGGCGAGCACUGGUGACCCACUUUCAACUACAGUUGUUGAAUUUGAAACUUCUGAAGCGGCGGAAGAGUUUUGCAAACGUCAGGGGUGGCCAUGUUACGUAGAAAGUCCAAAUAUUUUAAAAAUGAAUGUCAAGUCCUAUGGAUCCAAUUUUUCAUGGAACAAACGAACACGGGUUGGAUCGAAAUAA